AUGUGUGCGAGUGAUGGAAUUGCCGAAGCAGUGGCCUCGCUCCGGUACCUUGAGCCUCCUCAAGAUCAUGACCUUGAGCCAUCAACCUUUGAGAUCCCCGUGAGCGACCUGGAAAUUGCAGAGCGUCCGAGCUUCAAGGACCACUUAGAUUACUUGGAAGCCGCGGAGCACCAAGCGACCGCCGAGGACUUGAAAAUCCGCCAGACCAACGACGUCCUCACAGCACCCACCGAGGAAUUGAUUCACGUGUUUAAAGAGGAUAGAAAAAUUCCCCUGACGUUCGGUCGCAUCAUUGCCUUGGCUGGUGAUUUUUAUACCAACCGUGAACCAACGAAAGGAUCUGACAUUGGCCUGAACUAUGCCCCUAUCUGUGGCGCCUUACAGAAGUCAAACACCACACCACUCAAACGCUUUGAGAAUGCGGUGAACAGCUUGCUCCAGGACCGCGAUGGUUAUUUGUCAGCCAUCAUGGAUCUGCUAGAUCAUGAGCAUCGCACGAUCGAUCAUGCCAGAGAUCUGGGGAAAAGUAUCUCAAAGACGUACCACGAAGGAGGAAUCGAAGACCAUUUCAAUCCCGACAAUUGCAAGCUCCCCAGCGAUAAACAAUAUUUUGAUGCCCUGCAGGAUAGUUGGCAAGAGACUUUCAAACACCCCAGUUAUAACGUUCUGCUAAGCAUGUACGCCUGGCUGGCCUACACGAAUGUGGACCAUUUCGGCGACGACGCUGUCAAGGCGUACUGCGUUGGUCAUGCUUCUGCCUUGCGACUUGCAGCAGAGGCACACCAAGAGCAAGACGCGACUAAGAAAUGCCAAAAGCUGAAAGUGGCUUAUGUGCAUGAAGCUUUCGCUGCCCAUUAUCUGACAGACUUGUUCUCUGCCGGUCACCUGCGCCCUGCACGACGCUACCUACACACUCAGAAUCGUUUAGAGAUGGCGGGUGCAGGUGUGAUGCAGUGGGACAAGCUUGGGGGAAAACCAGAAGUCCCUAUCUGGGAUUAUCAACAACGCUAUAUGCAUGACGAUGACUGUGCGACGGGCUUAUUGGUGCGGAAUGGUAAGGGUGAGCAGUGGAUUGCAUACGGAGACAAACAAUUCUUCGAGCCCAAGAAUGCCGUGAACCGUGCGAGAGCUACACACUGUCUUCAGGCGUCAGUCGACGAAAUCUACAACAAAGGCUUCCAGCAAGGCUGGAAUCCAAUUCCAACCAAUUCACCAGAAGACGAGAAUAGCUGGGAGGAGUAUUCGUCCUCCUUUGUCGCGAAGAAAUUGAUGCCUCUACCCAUGACAGCAGUGAAAUCGAGCAACUGGAUGGAGUCAUGGGGUCAAUGUGAUGUGCACAACCCAGCACCCCUAUGGAUAGCUGGCACCCCAAAUAGUCAAGACCGAGUUGCCGACCAUGACUUCACUCUCCGCAAGGAUGUGAACGAUCAUUCCAACUUCGCACGUGUGGAUGCUAGCCCUGCAGCGGCAGGACAGAGCACUUUUUUCCCCGGCCUUCCUGGUAUUCCCUAUGAAAAUGAAGCUUGCAAGCGAGUCCGAGAUGCUCCCUUCCGUGGGCACGAUCAGUUUGCUACACAAUCUGUGAUGGACGGACUGUUAUCGGGUAGCUUUGUACAGGUUCAGGACCUAGUCCGAAAUGUGGCAGCUCCUGAGGACGGCAAAUUGAUUUGCGUGAACUUCUGGAAUCCUGCGCUGGUUCAGAUCAGCUCAAAAGUCCAGCAAACUUUUACUAUUCGAAAUCGCGCAAUCAAUGUCUUCGAUGUCAGCAAUUUACCUGACAGUGCAAUUCCUUUGCACUGGGCUCUGCAGAACAGCGCCAAUUUGUUGGAGACCACGCUGUAUGGCUUUUACUGGGUGACCGAGGGCAGCAAACACGCCCGUAUCGCCUUUGGCAAUACCAGGUUCCAAUCCUGGAUUGGGAAGAUGGGUGAACGGCAGAAACUGAACCUUUCUGAAUCGUGGGAGGCUAGGUCUUUCCCAGGUCUGGAGAUGACCACCCUAUCCAGCAACCUUCCUGUCUCAUCAGCCAACUUGACACGCUUCCUCUUCGAUAACUUCUUUUCUGAGGAAGAAGAUCAAUCUGAAAGCAUGUUUAACAACAGGCCUCGACAAAUUAUGGCUGUGUCGAUGCUGCCCGAUAAAAAGGUACAGAUCGCUAUCUGUGACGAUCGGCUGAUUGCGUGGAUUGACUCGCCAUUUAAUUCUAUCCAUUCGCUUCAAUCUUCAUGCUUUGGUUUUGCCAAGGCCAUCAACAAAGACCAUCGCCAAAAGAAUCUUUUGCUUUGCAAUGCCAAUUUCUCGGGCAACAACUCAAAAUUGGAUCUCUACGAGUACAAAUUCGACGGCGCGGAAGAUCCCAAACAAGUCAAGGUGAUUGACGCACAUUCCAAGCUGGAAUGCAGAAUUAGCAGUGAUGAAGAAGGAAGCUCCAGUGUUUUGGUUGGCGAUGUACUCGGCGUGGGCAGUGACCAAGUCGUUGUUAUCAGCGGUGACUAUAACAACCCGGAGAUACAGCUAUACAGCCGCUCAAUGGAGUCUUCCGCCCCAAGUGCAUUCACACUCGCGGGACGCAAUGCCUUUGACGAGGGUGAAUACUGCGAUGACAAGAUGAUUCGCCCUUACCUGACUGCCCUCGUUCCGUCGGGUACAGGCAAAGGGUUGGAUGUUCUUAGAAUCGCCCUUCACCAGCGCAAGGAUGGCCAGAAAUAUCUCUACUUCCACACUCAUGUUCGCUCGACGACUAGUACCCCAGGUCCUAAGUCUGUGAUCUGGAAACAGUACCAGCCCGCUGAGUCCACCUCGGUACGAGACAAGUUGGCUGAAAGCCCGGAUGCGCACUAUUUCCACAUCAGAUUUAUCCCCACGCGACGUGAGGUCAUGGUCCGUGGUAAGAUGGCAAUUGUACCGGCUAUCCUGGAGGUCUUUAGCUGGUAUGGUGUGGUUGGUGUGCGAAUGUUCGCGGCUUCUACCCCCAAUGGGUGUGAUUAUGAGUUAGACGGCCAGCAGCCAUUCCUAGGACAAACCUCUAUUGGCUCUGGACUGGGUUGCGCUGGUGAUUGGGGCCAUGGGUUCCUUCCUUGGAACAAUGAGGAUCGCUGGAUUGAUUCCAACGUGUUCAUUCCUCUGUCUGGGUCAAAAGAGGCCCAGGGCUCAUGGGGAAUGACUUUGGAUGAUCGGGAUCGGGAGCUUGUUAGGGGAUGGGAGGUGGAAAAACGACCUCAGUGA